UUGACGUUUUCAAAUCACGGAACAAUCGCAAGGAAAAUCGCAUCGAGUAUAUUAGCGUACGCGUUCUCCAUUUGCUGCUCGCAAAAGUGUAGUUUUCCCGUUAUUUCCCUUUAAAGUUAUAUCGGAGAAUAAGUUUGUGUUGUUGGUGAUUUGUGAUAAAGUAUUAGACAGGAGCGAUGGCGGAUGAUCAACAGCCUGGUCCAUCUCAAGCGUCUGCAUCUGGGAAGAAUAAAAACCAAACCGGCCAAGAGCAGAAUCAGUCGCAAAGCCAUGGCAGAAAACGAAAGUUAUCGACAAAACAAGCAAGGGCAAACAAAAGAGACGGUCCCACCGAAGAAGAGCUGGAUGCUGAAAGGCUACGCUGUAUGUUAGAACCGGUUCUCGAAACAUUGCGUGGCCUGGAAACGCGCAAUGAAGGCGAAGUUAUGAGAGCACUGAUCACCACACUCCAACCGUCGCAGGUCGAAAUUGAGAUGGCACUCAAUAAUGUCAAGAUGGACUUGGACAAUGUACUGCCCUUCCCGAACAACAACUACAUGAUUUACGAUUUCGGUUCCAUCAAGUCCGGAUUGGCUUUCCGAGACUCGGAUCUUGAUUUUUACGUUCAUUACGAGAAUAAUAGCGAGAGUCCACCGGAUCAGAAGAAGCUUAUUCAUGUUAUAUGCGGUCGGAUGGCACGAGAUCCGAAUUUUUACAACCUGACGAAGAUUCUGGGGGCAAAGGUGCCUCUUUUACGUGCCGUUCAUGGGCCAACCAAUUUGACCUGCGACAUUAAUUUCUGUAACGCUCGCGGCUGUUACAAUAGCAAGUUUAUUCAUGCUAUAACUAGAUUUGACCACCGUAUCCACAAGCUGGCAGUCAUCGUUAAGUUCUGGGCCAAGUGCGCCUUUCUGUUGACUAAUCACCGGCAGAUGAAUACCUACUGCAUCAUAAUGAUGUUGAUAUUCUAUCUGCAGACAAAGAAACUGCCGCUGCUACCAUCGGUUCAGGAUUUGCAAAUGGGAAUCCCCAGGAUUAACUAUGGUGCUUGGAAUUUGGGUUAUCCGCGGGACAUCGAUUUCGUAUCGAUGAACAAAGAAUCGGUUAAAUCAUUGCUGAGCAAUUUUUUUAAAUAUUACGCCAAUUUUGAAUAUGAGACAAAUUUGAUUUCUCCGUACGUUGGCCGCCUGUGCAGUGUACAGGAGAUGAAACAGUCCAAGGUACGGGAACUGCAACCGUAUUACCGGGCUGUGGGACACCAGAACUAUCCGAAGUUUAAUUUUGGUACGAUGAUAUCGAUUCAAGACCCGUUUGAGUUGAAUCUCAACAUCGGCGGAGUUUGCAAUUCCACUGCACACUUUCAACAGUUCAAAUUGAGCUUCAAACAAGCCCAUGAAGUUUGCUGUGCAACGAGCACAGAGCCGUUUAAUAAAAUGUUGGAAAGUCUGUUUACUAAUGUAAAACGCUAUCAAAAACCUGGUAAAGCUGGCGCAAAUCCGACCAAUAACCAAGCCAAUAACGGUACAAUACAGAAAGAACUAGGGCAAGUUGGCCAUUGGAAAAUUUGUCGACUGCUGCCGAUUGAAUACGAACUAUUCAUUGUUCGACAGAUCCUUCUAGCUAAACUCACCGAUAAAGAAAGCGUCAUUACCGAACGUCAAAUCAAGGAUAUGUGGGCCGACUGCAUGCUGGAUUUCAUCGAGGAUAUUCUGCAGAAAAUUUACCUCUGCACUUUGACACCUUUACCGGAUGCGGACCCCGCCUCGAGCGUUCCCAUUAGUAUCAACAAAAAAGACCUACGCACUUUCCAACUAACUUCUGAACGUCAAGUAAUCUUCAAACGUCCUCGGCUGCAAUUUUCUAACGAAGAGGAACUGAACAACGAAAUCGCCAUCAGUAAGGCUCGAUGGACGAUGAACAGACCGCUCGUCUUCUCGACCCGGGUGGACAUGUUCAAGACACAGGAUGCCAUUGAGUUUCACAUCACCGAAGAACAACGCAAGAAUGGUUCGAUUCGAGUAUUUGUCGAAACCUGUUUCCUCCCCCAGGUCAGAAAGUGCAUCGGCGGCUACUUCAAGCUGAUGCUGUCCAAGACUGAGGAAAAAAGUAAAGCACAGGCAACAAAAUCAGCAGCAAUGCAGUGAAUUGUGGUUUGGAUUACAUUCGGAUAUGUUUCUUUUUUACGAUUAGGUUUCAAAGCUUAGCAAAAUCAGAGCUAAAUUAUUUAAACUGUCGACAUCUUAGUGUGAGGUUUUUUUUUAUUAUCUGUUCUUUAGGACAGAACAAAAGUGAAUCACGAUCUGAGGUUUUCAGCACCCUAACCUCUUUUAAUGAAAUAAAGGAAUGAUUGCGUAAUAUCAA